AAUAGGAGGCUCGCCAGCUCUGCAUCACACUUCAGCUCAGCCGCUCACAGCGCAAGUACCUCUCAUCCAAAAGCACAACACCAAGAAGCGAACAAAAUGAGUCCCAGCAUCGCAAUUGAGGCCAACCAGGCUCUCCCCGCCAGGUCCACCGUGGCCCAGAGAAAACAAGCCAACGAACUCAGAAAGACUCUGAAACCCUUGCUAGAGAAGAAAAGACGUGCUCGUAUCAAUGACAGCCUCACUCAUCUGAAGAGCCUCAUUCUGCCUCUUGUUGGAAAAGACAACGCACGCUACUCCAAACUGGAGAAAGCUGAUAUUCUGGAAAUGACAGUUCGGUUCCUCACGGAUCUUCCUGCCUCUCCUGUCAAAGAUUCCACAGACAGCUACAGAGAAGGCUACAAAGCCUGCCUCCAGCGUGUCUCCGCUCUGCUUCCCAAAACGAGCCUGGAUCAGGACGCGUGCCAGCGGGUGAACGACUUCGUUCAGCAGUCCAUGUCCGCCACCGUCACCCCAACCUGCCUGAACUGUUGCGCUCAGAGCUCCAGGAGCCUCCCUCAGAUCCAACAGAGACUCCUGAGCCUCAAAUCCAGCUUCAGCUCCAGGCUGGAGACCCAGUCCCGCAGCAGCAGCAGCAGCAGCAGCGCAGUGGCUCCGAGCCGCGCACAGCCAGGCCAGCAGCCUGUCAGCGCUGACAUGUGGAGACCUUGGUAG